UGUAUAUAUUAAAUAUUUACCAUAAGCUAUGUCAGGAUAAUUAAAAUUGUUGUAAGUUAAUAAUUCCAAAUUAAUCAUAUUAUAAAUAAAAAUCACUGUAAUUAUCGCAGGAGUUAAAAAACUCCAACAGACUUUCCAAAAAAUCGACAAUCUUCGAUUUAGCAUAAAUUCAAUGUCGUCGAGAAAAUUAUUUAUUCCUAUAAAAAGUUUUUCAUAACACAAUUCAUUUUAUCAUUUAAACGAAAAUGCAAUAAUUUAAUCAUUUAUUAUAAAACACUUACCGUAACACCAAGAUACAGCGAUCAUUUCAAAAAUGGCUGGUAUGAAUGCAAGAAACGAUGUGGCAUAAUAAUCUAUGAAGGUUACCAUGUAUUGUCCACCCUAAUUGAAAAAACAAAAAAGAAAGAAAAAGUAAAAUAGAAAAGCAAACAAAAAUUAAAAAUUAACAAAAUCGAAGAAUCUUUUAAAUUGAAAAUCUUUUUAUUUACAAUAUUGUCAAAAAGAAAAAACUCAUAAAAAAAAUCAAUAAAAAAAUGAAAGAUUCUUUUUUUUCAUGAUAUUACCGGAGUAACGUAAAGUAAUCCAAUAAGAAACUCUAGGAAGCAUGUUCCAGCCGCAAUAUGCCAUUGUUUCCAUUUUGGAAAUUGAUCAUUGAUGAUCGAUAUUAUGCUUGAAGUAAGUCCAACUUGGCUGCCAAUUCCAAGAACAAAAAUCAUUACGAAGAAGACAACAGCGAAGAAUUGUGGUAGAAAAUCGAACUUGACGAUUGUUUCUGGAUAAGAAAUGAAUGCCAAUCCUGUUCCACCGCGUACUACUGUACCAAUAUUUUUAGCUUCUAAUUCAUAGCUUAAAUUACCAAGAAUACCAAAUAUCGUACAGCCUGCUAAAAAACUGGUAAAGGUAUCUAGUGUUGUCACUAUCAUUGCAUCUCUAAAAAUAAUUAAUUUUAUAUUGAAUAAAUGUCAGAAAAUAAUUUAUCUGAUUGUCAAAUAUUUCAUCACGGAAUCCUUUAAUAAUUUAUAAAUUAAUCAUUAACAAUCAUUUUAUGAACAAUCAUACUACCCCUUAAAGUAACGGUUAAUAAAAAAGAAGAAAAAAAAGAGUUUUAUCGAUCAAUCAGUAUACCGAUAUUAUCCAUUCUCGAAGCACGAUGGAAUUACUCUUAUCAAAAAAUUGAUGUUAAACGAUACUGACCUAUAAAUGUUAUGAUCAAUCUUAUUGUGAGAUGCAAACAUGACAACAGCGCCAAAACAGACGGUCAAUGAAAAAAAACAUUGUGCCACUGCAUUGUACCAUAUACUGGACGUCCAUAAUUUAUUCCAAUCGGGAGUAAUAAAAUAAAGUAUACCAUUGGCUGAGCCAUUCAAUGUAACAGCUCUGAUGAACAGUAUGAGCAUAACAACAUAAGGGAAUAUAGCUGUGAAAUAAGCAGCCUUGCCAGAACUUUUAAUUCCACGAACGACGAUAACAAAUAUACAAAGCCAACUGAUGAACAGACAAAUUGUUAAACGCCAAUCAGGUAAUCCAAUUCCAUCAUCAAUAUUCUCCUUUUCACGUAAUACCUCCUUGCUAGCCAUAGAUAUUUUUACAGAUCAUCAGAUUUAAAAAUUGUCAGGUAUGUAUAUUACGUAAUUAAAUACUCACUAAAAAUAUAAUUCGGCCGAACUGAGAUAAGUGACGUUGGAUAGGCUCAUACCAUUUGAUGUAACUUCAGUAUCGUUUCCUUUCGAUGAAUUCACACAAUAUUCGCCCCAUUCCCUUUUACAUUUACCCCAAGGUAAUUCUGAUUGAAAACUGGCGACCAGAUAGAACAGAGUCAAUGCCAUCAAAGAACAAUAGUAUGAUGUUAAUGCCAACAAUGUAAGAAAUUGGGCAAUACCAAUGCCUGUGAUAAAAAGAAAAAAAAAAAGAAAAGAAAAUACAGUGUCAAAAUGUCGAAUUGAUCGAUCUUAAAGAAUUCAAUUAAAAAUUAAAAUAUAUGACAUUAACCUUUUAAGGCAGGCGCUAUCUCCCAAAUUUUGAUAGCAGAUCGACUUGAAAAUUGACCCAAAGUCAUUUCCAAUAAAUAAAAUGGCUUUCCAACAACAAUGAGAAUUAUUAUAUAAGGUAUAAGAAACGCACCGCCACCAUUUUUGUAAGCGGUGAACGGAAAUCUCCAAAUAUUUCCUAAUCCAACCGACAUGGCUAUGCAGGACAUCAAAAAUUCUUUAUCGUUUCCCCAUUGUGUUCUUUCCGUCUAAUUAAAGGACAUGUUAUUAAAAAAAAAAAUUCUGUUUUCAUUUUUUAACAUGAAAAAAAAAGAAAAAAAUGGAAAAAAAACAAAAGACCUACGGUCUCUUUAGAAAUCGAAUUAGAAUCAUUUCGAUUGCCAUUAUAUUCUGUGAUAUCAUCCAAAGUGAAACCUUGAUUAGUAAUUCCAUUUUUAAUGUGGUAUGUCUAAAAGUAUAUAAUAUCUCGUUAACAUUGUUAUCAAUUAACGUCGAAAGCAAUUUUUUAAAGUGAAUGACACUAAGAUAUCUAUGAUAAUAAUAAACGAGAUUAUAAUGAAUGUUGAUUUAUAUUGGUCGGGCCAAAAGUUACUAGAUAAUUAUAAACAUCAAUUAUACUUUUACGAGUCUCUUUGGGAUAAUUUUCUUUUCUUUUUUUUUAUUUUUAUUUCUCUUCAAAUUGUAAAACCAGACUAGAAAUUUUUCUAUAGUCAGAACAAAAGAAAAGAUCAGCUAAAAAGUCUGUUAAAAGAGAUUAAUUGAUUUUUAAAAUUAUCUAAGAACUUUUGAUUCAUCCUGUAUCAAAAAUCUUCAAUCUACAUAUCGCAUUAAUGAAGUAGAAGUAGUCACUAUAUAUAUAUAUAUGUAUGUGCAUAUAACGAUCUAUCUAUACAUUAUACGUCAGCUUGAUCACGAGUUUUUAUCAUGAACAAAGGACAUCAAGAGAGCUCCCAGUCACCGGUUAUUACUCGUUGAUCAUCGAUCGUGUCGAAUGACGUUUUAACCAAUAACAUUCGUUAGCCAAGUGGAAAGAUAAUAUUUUAUAUAAGAGAAAUAUCGUAUGAUCAUAUAUUGUGUAUAUGUACGUAUGUACGUAUCAUUGAAAACAAAACUUGAGAAGACUUUAGAAACUGGUAUAAAACUGAGCCAAGUUGAUAUUGACAAAAUAAAAAAAGAUAAAAUUCAUGGUGAGAUUGGAAAAAAAGAUGAACAAAUUUUGGAUAAUCCUCAAGUAACGAGAGAUAUUAUUGGAGGUGUUCUGAAAAAAGAACAAUACGAAAACGAUGAGACGCGGCAAAGAAUUUAUAAAGAAACAAUGGACAUCGAAGAGAGUAAAAAAGGAGAAAGAAAGGCAAUAGAAAAAUAUUUACGUGAAAAAGGACUCAGUACUAGUCUUAUCAAAUCUGUAUUAACUAAUGGAUUCACCGACGAAUAUAUCAGGUUACUUUUAAAAAGUUUGCAUAUUACCGAAGAUGAGAUAGAAUAUAUGAUAUCGACUUAUCAAAUGGAAUUAAAUGAUUCAACGAGUUCUAUUAAAUCGUGUUCUUCAACUUCAUCCGACUAUUACCUGUCAUCUGAUAGUCUUUAUUUAAAAAAUUUAUUAAGCAAAGCUUUAACUCGAGCUCUUCCUGAAAUUGCUUCGAAAAAACCAUAUGAUCCAAUUGAAUAUCUUGGACAUUGGUUGCUUCAUUUAAAGAUUUCUGAAGAACAAAGGAACAAGCAACGUGAAUUCGAAUUAGAAUUAAUGAUUGAAAGAGAAAAAUAUAAGAUGAUGAUGAUAGAGGAUCAAGAAACUAUGAGUAUUGAAAGCAGAGGAGAAGAAGAAUUAAUCGUAGACACUAACUUUAUAAAUUAUACGAGUAAUUAAUAUCGAUCGUUUAUCUCCUUCUCUCUCUCUCCCUCUCCCUCUAUAUUUGUGUCGAUAUUUUAUUUUAUAGAUAUAUUAAUACUGUAACUAGUAAACCCAUAAAAAAUGACGGAUUACAAAUAUUUUCUCUUAAAAUUAUUUAAAUCACAAUUAUAAGAGAACUUUUUAAUGAGAACUAUUUUUAUGUAUAUUAUUUUUUAAAAUUAUAAUUAAUUAAAAAUAUAUUAACAAAUCAA